UUUUUCUUUAGCAUUCCGAACGCCGUGAAAAAUGAAAAGUUGAGAUCUUUUUAGCCAAAUAUCAGAAACCCUAAUCGUGCGAACCCUGUGCGCUCUCCAAAAAGAAAGGUGCAAAUUUCUUCGUCGCUUUCCUGGAAAAACUUCUUCCUUCUUCCUCAUUGUUUUUCCUUGUAAUCCUCUGAACUCUUCACUGCCUUGUUCUCUCCGUCUACUUCGGACAGCGCUGUGCAGUCUUCUGGGAUUAACUAUGGCGGAUGACAUGGUUGUUAAUGGCGUCGAUCAGUCUGUGGACGGUUUCCUUGAUGCCGAUCAAAGCGGGAGUGAUGCUCGUGCUGCGGAAUUCAAGAAGAAAAUCGAUGCACUGGAGCGUGAGAGAGAUGAUUUGGUGAAUGAGAAUGAAGAGAGGAAGGAGCAAAUUCAGAAAUUAACUCUGGAGAUUAGCGACCUGAAAAGCAGUAAAGGUGAGAUGUUGAAGAAGAUCGAAGAAAUGGAGAAAGAAGUCGAAGAAUCCCAGGAGUCUAGGAGGGCGGCAGAAGUUAUUGCGAAAAGAGCAUUUGAACUUGAGACUGAGGUGUCGAGGCUUCAACAAGACUCAAUUACUGAGAUGAGCGCUGCUGAAGAAACUAGGGCGGAGGCAGACCAAUUGAGGAGGGAUUUAGCAGACAAAGAAUCGAGAGUUGGGCAUCUUGAAAAGGAAGCAGAGGGGUUGAAGAAAACAAAGGCGGAAAUUGAGGUGAAGGUGAGGGACUUGGAGAAGAAACUCGGAGUCCUGGAAAAGAAGGAAGUUGAGGAAAGGAACAAAAGAAUUAGGAUUGAAGAGGAUUUGAGAGAACAAGUCAAUGAAAAGGAGAAGGAAGUCCAAGAACUGAAAAACAAGACUGCUGAGUUGGAGAAGGUUGUAGCCAGCAAUGGAUCUGAGAUGGAGAAUUGGGAUGAAGAAAAGAGGAAUUUAGAGGAAGCUUUGAGGGAAUCAGAGGAUAAAGCAAAAAGAAUGGAAUUAAAUAUUCUCCAGUUACAGCAAGAGGCUAGUGAAGCCGAGGAUGUUAUCAGUACACUGAGGGAGAAGGCAUUUGGGGCAGUCAAUGGACGUGUAAAUGGCAUGGAUGUUGAAGAAAAUGGGUUGAAGGGAUUGAAGCUGCAGCGGCCAUUGGUGGCGGCAGGUUCUGCGGGAGCCAUUGCUGUAGCAGCUGUUGUUAUCUAUGUCUUUUAUGGGAAACGCAGGUGAUUUUUUAUGGCCACAUAGUGGCUUAGGUCGGAGAGACAUGAAUGGGAAGUUGAAGAAUGGAGGUUAGGAUUUACCUAUUUAAUAGUCACGAAUGUCCUUCAGUUUUGAUAGGGUAAUGCUUUUCUGGCUUUGUUUUUUAGCCUAUGAGCUUUCUGAUUUAUAUUGAAGUUGGCAACUUGGCAUACCUUUGUUUGGUUCUUAGUUGCUGCACCUGAUUCCAGCUUAUGCAGUUUGAACUAAUAAAGAAUAUAAGUGUGUGUUCAAUUAUAUUAGUUUCUAAGUUGAGAUGAGAAGUUUGUUUCUGUUCAUUAUAAUAUUUACUGGUGUCAAUAAUGAUGGCAGCCAGCAAAACUGAGCCUCUUUGACUCUGUUUUGUCAACUACUUCAGCUAUGAAAUCUUGCUCUUUUUCAUUA